GACCCGCCUGCCGAUGUUGAGCCGCUGCGGAUCACGCUGCAGCCUGGUGCCCAGCCAUUUCGUGCUCGGACUCGGCGGUAUGGAGCAGCGCAGAGUGCGGUCUUGCCAGAGCACGUGCAUACCCUGGAGAAGAUGGGGUUUGUUCGUCGAAACAAUAUGAGCCGGUGGGCUUGCGCGGCUGUGCCGGUGCCGAAAGCAGGCAGGCCCAACGAGUUUCGUCUCACGAUUGAUUAUCGGCCCGUGAAUGUGUUGACUAUUCCUAUCGCUGGCACGGGUGCGGACUUGACGUCGUCCUCUGAGAACGUGGAUGGCGCGUACGGGUUUGCUGGAUUUGACAUGCCCAGUGGCUUCUCGCAGCUCCCGCUCGACGAUGAUAGUCAAGAGAUCAUGAGCUUC